AACGGCGUCCCAAUCCUUCUCUGUAUCGCACUUUCUUUCGUUUUCCGUUUCUCUCUAAGCUCUCUUUCUCUCUCUUUCUCUUUCUCUCUCUGUCUCCGUUGUCCUUCCUUCCCCUGACCCAACGACACCGUAUUGGGUACAUGGUGGUGAAGAUGAUGCGGUGGAGGCCGUGGCCGCCGCUGGUGUCGAAGAAGUACGAGGUUACGAUGGUGGUGAAGACCCUCACUCUCCAGGGAUGCGAUCUGGUGCGGCCCGGCGCAGAUAAGGGUCUGGUACUCCAGAUUAAGUGGAAGGGUCCCAAACUCACGCUUAGCUCGCUGCGUAGAAACGCCAUAGCCAGGAACUUCACCAGAGAGGCGCAACCUCAACCUGACGACGUCGUUUUCUGGGACGAGGAGUUUCACACGCUCUGCACCCUCUCUGCCUACAAAGACAAUGCCUUUCACCCCUGGGAAAUCGCUUUCUCUCUCUUCAAUGGUUUGAAUCAAAGGUCAAAGACUAAGGUUCCCGUGGUUGGAACUGCAACUUUGAAUCUGGCUGAAUUUGCAUCUGUGGUUGAUCAAAAGGAUUUUGAUUUAAACAUUCCUAUUACAGUUUCUGGUGGUGCUGCGGAGUCCUCUCCUUUACUUAGUAUAUCGAUUAGUUUGGUGGAAUUAAGAGCGGCUCAAGAGAGCACAGAAAUAGUUCAUAAAUCAAUAGUGCCCGUGCCUUCUUCACCCAUGGUUCAGCCAGGAGAAACUACCUUGGUUGAGAAAGAUGAGCUUUCGACCUUCAAAGCUGGUCUUCGGAAAGUGAAGAUUUUGACUGAGUUUGUGUCUGUUAGGAAGGCAAAGAAAGCUGGCCAUGAGGAGGAGGGAAGUGAGGGCAAUUUCUCUGGCAGGAGUGAGGAUGGUGAAUACAAUUACCCUUUUGACUCCGAUUCACUUGAUGAUUUCGAAGAGGGUGAGUCCGAUGAGGUUAAAGAGGAUUCCAGUGUGAGGAAGUCGUUUAGUUAUGGAAAACUGGCAUAUGCAAAUGCUGGAGGGGCGUUUUAUUCCAGCAUGAGGGUGAAUGGUGAGGACGAAGACUGGGUUUACUAUAGCAAUCACAGAUCGGAUGUUGGGAUUUCGCACAAAGACGAUUCCACCGUGUCAGCGACCGAGCCUUCUGUCUUGCAGAGCUCAAGGCGUAGUAUACUGCCUUGGAGGAAGAGGAAGCUGAGUUUCAGAUCUCCUAAAUCUAAGGGGGAGCCAUUGUUAAAGAAGGCUUAUGGUGAAGAAGGUGGUGAUGACAUUGAUUAUGAUCGCAGACAGCUUAGCUCUGAUGAAUCCCUUUCACUUGGGAAGACUGAAGAUGAUUCAGGUGCGAAUCGAUCAUCAGUAUCUGAAUUCGGGGAUGACAAUUUUGCUGUUGGGAGUUGGGAGCAGAAAGAAGUAUUGAGCCGUGAUGGCCACAUGAAACUUCAGACACAGGUCUUCUUUGCAUCAAUUGAUCAGCGUAGUGAACGUGCAGCAGGUGAGAGUGCAUGUACUGCUCUUGUUGCAGUAAUAGCUGAUUGGUUCCAAAACAAUCAUGAUCUUAUGCCCAUAAAGUCCCAAUUUGAUAGUCUUAUUCGAGAUGGCUCAUUGGAAUGGAGGAACUUAUGUGAAAACCAAACCUACAGGGAGCGAUUCCCUGACAAACAUUUUGAUCUUGAAACAGUCAUUCAAGCCAAAAUUCGUCCCCUUGCUGUGGUUCCCGGCAAAUCCUUUAUUGGAUUUUUUCAUCCAGAAGGAAUGGAUGAAGGCAGAUUUGAUUUUCUGCAUGGGGCCAUGUCCUUUGAUAACAUCUGGGAUGAGAUAAGUCGUGCUGGACAGGAGUGCACUAGUAAUGAUGAACCCCAGAUUUACAUUAUUAGCUGGAACGACCAUUUCUUCAUCCUCAAAGUUGAAGCUGAUGCUUACUGCAUAAUUGACACUUUGGGAGAGAGGCUUUAUGAAGGAUGCAAUCAGGCAUAUAUCUUGAAAUUUGACAGCAACACGGUCAUAUACAAGAUGCAAGAUGUUGCUCAAGGAUCAGGAGAAAAAACCGCCAAUGACCUGCAAACUGUUGCAGAAGUAUUAGAGCAGAAUGACAGGCAAAUCCAGCCAAUCAACGGUAAAGAGGUGGACUCUGUUGUGGAUACUGAAGAACAGGUGAAGAAUGACCAGGAAGAGGAGGUUGUGUGCCGAGGAAAGGAAGCAUGCAAAGAAUAUAUCAAAAGCUUCUUGGCUGCGAUCCCUAUUAGAGAAUUGCAAACAGAUGUCAAGAAAGGUUUAAUAUCAUCCACUCAAACACCAUUUCAUCAUAGGCUACAAAUUGAGUUUCACUACACUCAGUUUUUGCCGUCUUAUGUUGCACCUCCUGUGGCCGUAGCAGCAUCCAUGACUAUGCCAGAUACUCUUGCACUCGCUGUAACUGAGGUUGCCGCAUGAUUUUACUGUAUAUUGGACGGAACGCGGUUAUUCUAACUAGUCUUACUACUUUAAGAGUGUUUUCUGAUUUGAGUUUACAAAAAGGCCUUGUUUUGCUUCAUCUUUCUAAGGAAGAGUAUCUGUAAAUGACUCUGUAAUUUCCUCUCUCAUGUGAGCUCAAACUUUUUGCACCUAACCUGUAGUUUGCAAAA